UAUAUUUAUCUCUAAAAGGCGAUAUAGACAGUUACAUACCUACGAUACAAACUUGUAAUCGAAUCAAUCGAUCGAUCUCUCUCAAGAAAAAUGGAUGCGUUCUCGUCGUUCUUCGAAUCUCAGUCGUCGUCUCGCAACAGCUGGAGUUACGAUUCUCUCAAGAACCUCCGUCAGAUCUCUCCCGUCGUCCAGACUCAUCUCAAACAGGUUUAUCUCGCACUAUGUUGCGCUCUGAUUGCUUCGGCCACUGGAGCUUAUCUGCAUAUCCUCUGGAACAUUGGUGGACUCCUUACAACCCUUGGUUGCAUGGGAAGCAUUGUUUGGUUACUCUCCACCCCUCCAUAUGAAGAGCAAAAGAGGGUUGCCCUCUUAAUGGCAGCUGCACUCUUUGAAGGCGCUUCAAUUGGUCCUCUGAUUGACUUGGCUAUUGAAAUUGAUCCAAGCAUUCUGGUCAGUGCUUUUGUGGGUUGUGCUGUGGCUUUUGGUUGUUUUUCAAUGGCAGCCAUGUUGGCUAGGCGUAGGGAAUACCUUUACCUGGGAGGUCUUCUUUCAUCUGGUCUCUCCAUCCUUUUCUGGUUGCACUUUGCAUCCUCUAUCUUUGGAGGUUCUGCUGCUCUCUUCAAGUUUGAGUUGUACUUUGGGCUUUUGGUGUUUGUUGGCUACAUUGUAGUAGAUACCCAGGAUAUAAUUGAGAGGGCACACUUUGGGGAUCUAGACUAUGUAAAGCAUGCCCUAACCCUUUUCACUGAUUUUGCUGCUGUUUUUGUUCGGAUUCUCAUAAUCAUGCUGAAGAACUCUUCUGAGAAGGAAGAGAAAAAGAAGAAGAGAAGAAAUUGAACUUGAUCAAGCAGCUGGGCAAUUUUGUCUAACCGUGGAUCGAAUGGAUCUUUCAGUUGUGUAUAGACUUGGCUUUUGUUUCGUUUCCAGAACUGAAAACGGUGCAAUUUGUUGUCUUUUGCUUGGAUCAUAAGAAGGAUGUUUAUGUAUUAUUGGCCAUGCUGAAUUCAUUUUAAUCUAAUAUAAAUAUGAGAUUCUCUACA